AUGCUGCCCGACAGCAACCGGGGUGAGGGGUGGCGGCGGUGGUUCACGCGCCCCAGCCUCCUCUGUAGUGGGCUGUCGUCUGUCAACAACAACCAGGGUGAGGGGUGGCGGCGGUGGUUAACACACCCCAGCCUCCUCUGUAGUGGGCUGUCGUCCGACAACAACAACCGGGAUGACGGGUGGCGGCGGUGGUUAACACACCCCAGCCUCCUCUGUAGUGGGCUGUCGUCCGACAACAACAACCGGGAUGACGGGUGGCGGCGGUGGUUAACACACCCCAGCCUCCUCUGUAGUGGGCUGUCGACCGACAACAACCGGGAUGACGGGUGGCGGCGGUGGAUCACGCGCCCCAGCCUCCUCUGUAGUGGGCUGUCGUCCGACAACAACCACCGGGAUGACGGGUGGCGGCGGUGGUUAACACACCCCAGCCUCCUCUGUAGUGGGCUGUCGUCCGACAACAACAACCGGGAUGACGGGUGGCGGCGGUGGUUAACACACCCCAGCCUCCUCUGUAGUGGGCUGUCGUCCGACAACAACAACCGGGAUGACGGGUGGCGGCGGUGGUUAACACACCCCAGCCUCCUCUGUAGUGGGCUGUCGUCCGACAACAACAACCGGGAUGACGGGUGGCGGCGGUGGUUAACACACCCCAGCCUCCUCUGUAGUGGGCUGUCGACCGACAACAACAACCGGGAUGACGGGUGGCGGCGGUGGAUCACGCGCCCCAGCCUCCUCUGUAGUGGGCUGUCGUCCGACAACAACCACCGGGAUGACGGGUGGCGGCGGUGGUUAACACACCCCAGCCUCCUCUGUAGUGGGCUGUCGUCCGACAACAACAACCGGGAUGACGGGUGGCGGCGGUGGUUAACACACCCCAGCCUCCUCUGUAGUGGGCUGUCGACCGACAACAACAACCGGGAUGACGGGUGGCGGCGGUGGAUCACACGCCCCAGCCUCCUCUGUAGUGGGCUGUCGUCCGACAACAACCACCGGGAUGACGGGUGGCGGCGGUGGUUAACACACCCCAGCCUCCUCUGUAGUGGGCUGUCGUCCGACAACAACAACCGGGAUGACGGGUGGCGGCGGUGGUUAACACACCCCAGCCUCCUCUGUAGUGGGCUGUCGUCCGACAACAACAACCGGGAUGACGGGUGGCGGCGGUGGUUAACACACCCCAGCCUCCUCUGUAGUCGGCUGUCGUCCGACAACAACAACCGGGAUGAUGGGUGGCGGCGGUGGUUCACGCGCCCCAGCCUCCUCUGUAGUAAGCUGUCGUCCGACAACAACCACCGGGAUGACGGGUGGCGGCGGUGGUUCACACACCCCAGCCUCCUCUGUAGUGGGCUGUCGUCCGACAACAACAACCGGGAUGACGGGUGGCGGCGGUGGUUAACACACCCCAGCCUCCUCUGUAGUGGGCUGUCGACCGACAACAACAACCGGGAUGACGGGUGGCGGCGGUGGAUCACGCGCCCCAGCCUCCUCUGUAGUGGGCUGUCGUCCGACAACAACCGGGGUGAGGGGUGGCGGCGGUGGUUCAGGCGCCCCAGCCUCCUCUGUAGUGGGCUGUCGACCGACAACAACAACCAGGGUGACGGGUGGCGGCGGUGGUUCACGCGCCCCAGCCUCCUCUGUAGUGGGCUGUCGACCCACAACAACAACCGGGAUGACGGGUGGCGGCGGUGGUUCAGGCGCCCCAGCCUCCUCUGUAGUGGGCUGUCGACCGACAACAACAACCGGGAUGACGGGCGGUGGCGGUCGUUCACGCGCCACAGCCUCCUCUGUAGUGGGCUGUCGACCGACAACAACAACCGGGAUGACGGGUAA